UAAAUACUGGCCAGCAACCACCAGCUACUAAAUGCUGUUCAAGUUUGAUGUGUUCACAUCAUUUGAGCAGAUGAAAUUGGCUAGCCCAGCUUUAUCCCAACAAGCAUUUCUCAAAAUGCUUGAACAUCGAUCACUUUGCACUGGUCGGGCGAGUCGUAUUUGUGGUGAUACCUUCCAUAGAGUCUUUCGAGAGUUUGCCUUCUGCAAUUUUAAGAAAGAAGAUCUGUGCCUGACGGAACCCUUUAAAUGCCCAGCAUGUACACCAGACAUGCUGGCUAUAUCUGCAGAUGGUAAUAGAAAACAUUACCGGUUCAAGAAGUCCAAAGGGACAAAUGAACCAUCUCUUUUUGAUGGACUGUUCAUUGCACAAGAUGCCAAAGUAUCUGCCUUUGUUGAACAAAUUAGAAGCCAGAUGAUUAGUAGGACAGGUCAUGAUGUCUGUGGGCCUGCAACAUUUACAGCAGGCAGAGAAAUAUCACAGAAGUCCAGGGCCAAGGUGGAUGAAGAGGGCCUUGAAAUAGCUGUGUGCAGACAUGGAGUCUUGCUGCAAGCUUUGAAUCACUACCGUGGAGAAAUAUAUGCCUACCCAAUGCUCCUGCAAAAGGAGCUGGCACAAGCUGCAAAUGCAACAUUCUUUUGUACAGACAUUGCUUGCAGGUACUGGCCUUAUUUGGAGAGGAUGGCAGAGAAGUUGCCUGAGCUCCAGCCACUUACCAUGAUGAAGCCAUUUCUGUCUGUAAUGCAUGCUAAGGCUCACACUGGCAAAUGUGAGGUAAGGUGGGGCGGCAGAAAUCAGGUUGGUGCAGGAAAUACUGUUGGUGAAGAGGUGGAACAGGUCAAUAGCUUCCUUUCAAGGGCAGCUCUUACUACAAAAUACAUGACCAAGUCAGGCAGAGCGGAUAUGAUAACCAUGCUUGCCAUUAGAUGGAACCUUAGGAAGAUGGAGAGUCUCCAUACGACACUAGCGAAAAGAUUUUUCAAAACUACACAGAGAGCAGAAGUGGAGGCAGCCAAUCUUGAGAGUCUUAAGCAGGAGUUUAGCAUCUCUGUGGAAGAUGUGGAUCGGUGGGUGUGUGAUGUCAGGCACUGGGCUGCCACUGAGAAACACAGUUCUCACAGUAGCCAGGAAGAACUCCAGAGUGUCACGAUCUCGGUGUGGUCUGCCUAG